GGGGAACACCUUGUUGUAAGAUACGCGAUAUAAAUUCGGCGCCGGGGAUGGGAGCGCGGCCACGGGCGGCGGGGAACAGCUCCGGACCACGGUGGGUGCCUUCCCCGCGGCACGGCGGCUGGGAACCGCUGGAAUUUUAAUUCACCGGUGCUGGGCUGCCAUCCCCUCGGCCACCCCCACACCUGGUUUGCGGGGAGAGUUCUGCGUUUUGCCGCCUUUCGUACGGAGGAGAGGCGGCAGCGAGCCCCGGCGGCUGCGGCAGGGCAGGCGGAGGAGCGGAGGGACUCUGAUCGCGAGCAGCCGCUGAGCCCAGCCCGCCAAGGAGGGCGGCCGGUGCCGCUAGCGCGGAGGAGGAGGAGGAAGGGGAAGAGUUCGCCGCCGGAGGAGCCCCGCGGUCCGGUCCGAGCCGCGUCGCUGAGCACUCCUGCCCGGCCGCCAGCAUGAUGCAGAUCUGCGACUCGUACAGCCAGAAGUACUCCCUUUUCAACGCCAUGAACCGCUUCAUCGGCGCCGUCAACAACAUGGACCAGACGGUGAUGGUGCCGAGCCUGCUGCGCGACGUGCCGCUGCUGCUGGAGGAGCUGGACGCGGCGGGCGCCGUGUGCCCGCCCGGGGAUGCUGCCCUGCCGCCCGGCGACCCCGGCGCCUACUUCUCCCGCAGGGACAUGUACAGCCAUUACAUGCUGCUCAAGUCCAUCCGCAACGACAUCGAGUGGGGCGUGGUGCAGCCGCCGGCGGGCGAGGAGGCCGCCCGCAAGAAGGACAAGCUGGGCGGCGGGCCCGCCGAGGAGGGCGAGGGGGAGGAGGACCUGGAGCAGCAGUUCCACUACCACCUCAGCGGACUCCACUCGGUGCUCUCCAAGCUCACCCGCAAGGCCAACGUCCUCACCAACAGAUACAAGCAGGAGAUCGGCGUCAGCAGCUGGGGGCACUGAGCGCCGGGGGGAGCGGGGGAAGGGGCUCCGAGCCGGCGGGAGCGGCGCGUCCCCGCCCGGCGCUGCCGCUGCUGCGGUGCCCGAGGGCAGCGCCCCGGGCCGGGGCUUCCCUGCGCGCUCCCAGGACUGCAGCAGGUUUUCUACCAACGCACAAGCGAGAGAAAGAGAUGUAAAUUAAUCAAUACUAGUUUAUUAAUUAUUUUGACCCCCUCCGUGGUUUUUUUUUUUUUUUUUUUUCGUUGUACGGGCCAGGGCGAGCAGUCGCUGUGCCCGCCCCGGUGGGGAGGCUGAACCCGUACGUGUACGAGGGGUGGCAUUGCUGGCUGAUAAGGAGGCUCCACUCAAGCCGAUGAACAUAAAGAAACUGGCACAGAAUUGCUUCUGUCACCCCGGAGGGACCCCAGUGAGCUAAGGAGCAUCCCUCUGUUGUGGGAGAGAUGGCGGGUCCCAUGGCUGUACAUGUACUGGAGUUUAUUUAAACUUUUUUACUCAGAUGUAGAGUAUAUUCUAAAAUAAAUACAAAUGUAUUAACUAAGAGUGACCUAAACUUUUGGUAUGAUUUAUCUUUCUUUAAUUAAAUGAUAUUUUUAACGUCUGGAAUUCUUCUGUUUUUCUUCUAUGUUACAUUCCGACUUGCCUUACUAGAUACAGAAAUCUGUGUGUGCAAGAGAGGGGGUUUUGUGGCUUUGUUUUUUUCCCAUCAAAGCAAUUAGGCAGUGAUGAUAACCUGGCGUAUCUAAAAUGUUUGAAUGACCAUAUUAAACUUAACCGUACAUGGCUUGAGUUUUGGUAAGCUGUUCCCAGCUGCACAAUGCAGUUGCUCUGUGUGAGUGUAGGCUUGAAGGUCAGUGCCUCUUUAACAAAAUCUGAGAGGAUCGAGUCAUGGUUACUCUGCAGGCAGCGAUUCAUGGAAGUUGGAGCAAAGCCUAGGAAUGACUCUUGCUUUUUUCGGGAAGUAUCUUAAUGUACUAUGGGGAGCUCUUUUCUCUCCCUCUGAAUAGGUCUGGCAGACUUGCCUCCCCAGUCUCUUGCAUUUCUUUCUUCUAAUCUUCCUUGGAUACCAGGAAUUAAUCGGUUUUAUGUUAUCCAGAUUGUAUUGAUUUCUUUCUCUCUACCUUUUUUUUUUCAUUUCAUGAAGUAAAGUAACUCAGAAUUGAGUGUCUAUAUUGUGUUCUGGUAUUAAAGUGCACUUGUGCUUGUGAUACAAUAUAUAACAGAGGAUAAAUGUUUAAUAAGUAUGUAAGUCCUUACAUUAUGUAAGUUUUCUUCUCAG